AUUAAGAUCCGUCUUGCACCUGGCGGCACGGAGACAUGAAGCCAAAAAAACCGUUUCUUAUGAUCUCCUAAGAUCACAAAAGAAUCAUCGACGCCCAGCCUAAAUGAUGGAAAACUGUUGUUGAUCUACCUCAUAAUAUUCUCCGUGUUGAUGCGGCUUCGUAACUUGGCGUCGACCUGCUUCAGCUAGAGUGGGCGAGUAGCCCGCAGGAACGCCAUGUUUGAAAUGGCUGCCUUUGUUAUCUGGCAAGUUAUUUUUCAGAAACAUUAUUCGAAGUUUUGUCCUUGAAGUUACUGAAGCAAUUUUUGUGUUAAAAUAGAGCAGCAGCAGAAGAGGAGCGACAUGGCCAUGGCGUCUCGGCUCCUUGUUUGUUUGGCUGCUGGCGUCCCUGAAAUAUCCGAGACAAAAAAUGGCGUCUGGAACUAGCAGCAUCCCGAUUAUGUAUAGACCAAGAUGAUCUACAAUGAUGUUGAGGAUCGCUUCCGUCGACCUGAGGAAUCCCUACAAGGUGCCUGGCGGAUCCGCCCAACCCGUCAAAGAUUGGUAAAAGGCAAAUAACUGUUCCAAUGGCGGAUCCAGAAGACAUCUCCAGAAGAUAUCUCGGGGACGUAAACACAAAGAAUCCAAAUACAUGGAUGACGGGAUUUUGAUGGCAUCUGGUGUGUAGGACAGUCUUGGAGGCAUUGCCACAAGGAAGAAAUGAAAAGAAAGAAGGUCUUCAGUUUAUUGAAGGAGGAUUUUUGAAGCUGAAUGCCCUGCGCUGUAAUCUGCUUCCUGCUUUUGGAGCAGUCUACGUUGUGCUUGAAUCCACAUGGAUGCACUUCAACCGAACAGAGACAGAGAUGAGUCCGCUAAUCUACAUCCUGAUGACAAACUGUUCUGUGAGAGCCGCGCUGAGAUAAAUGAGCCAGAUGUCUUCAAAGAGACGACACGCUUCAUCUACAGAAGCAAGACGCCCAACCUGGACAAGAUGGCCGAUGACCUGCUGGCUGCAGCUGACCAGGUGGACAAUGUGUGUACUUACACCUGUUGCACUCCAGACAUCCUGCACUGAUCAGCCAAUAUGUUGAACUUCUUGUCUCGUAUUAAAAGCAGACUUUCAGAUUUUUAAAUCA